CUUCUCACAAGUCCACUCUGUUGACGGAAAGUUUAAGGGGGAGGGUGUAUCACCGUGGCACCUUGCCCAUAUAUUUACCAACAAAAACAGGCGCCCCACAUCGUACCAUCCUGGCACACUCACUGUCUGAAACUUUCCUACCUCGACAAAUAAAUGCCCAGAAUAGGUCUUCGAGAAAUAAAACAACCGAAAAACAAGGAUCAUCACAAUACCUUGGACAAAAACGCUUUUGCAAGAACAUACCUAGAUAAAACACUCGGAUCCCUCUCCUCUUGCCUUCUCAAUGCAUCCCCUUUGUGCACGGGGCACUAUGAAGCCAGAGAUUGUCGCCGCCGUCGGAUUUCUGUCCAGAUUUCUGCGGAUUAAAGGACAUGUCAAUGACCGACAACUGCAAACAUUCAGUCAGUCUCUCCAGGAUAUUCUGGCAGAGCAAUACAAGCACCACUGGUUCCCCGACCGGCCCUGCAAGGGAUCGGGCUACCGCUGCAUCCGCAUCAACCACAAGAUGGAUCCCCUGGUGGGCCAGGCAGGCCAGCGCAUCGGCCUGACCAUCCAGCAGCUGUACUGCCUCCUGCCCAGCGAGCUGACGUUGUGGGUGGACCCCUUCGAGGUGUCCUACCGCAUCGGGGAGGACGGCUCCAUCUGCGUCCUGUACGAGUCCCAGCCGGUUGCCCCGGGCAGCUUGGGGGUGUCCUCCGCGCCGGUCGUGGGCUCAGCCGGGGUCCUGGCCCCCCUGGUGGACAGUCGCAUCAGCUGCAAGGAGGAACUGCUCCUGGGGAGAACCAGCCCCUCCAAAGCCUACAACAUGAUGACCGUCUCCAGCUAAGGGCCCAACGCGUUGAUGCAAACCAGAGAGCGAUACUGAUUGGGGGGGAAGAAAAAAAAAAGAACAAAAAAAAUUAAAAAACAGAGGGUUAUGGCCUGUCGUCGUCCAGGGGAUGGAAACCUCUUAGGGUUCAUUGUGCUUUCGUUACCAUUGUUUUGUUUUGUGUUGUGAUUUGGAUUUACUGAGAGCCCUGUUUAUUUGGGUAGAGGACAGCGGGGGCAGUGGUGAAGAUCAGCAAAAUGGCUGCCCCUGGAGGGAGAUCGGUGAAUUCUCAAAGCUGUCAAUGUGGACUUUGCACUUUCAAAUAUCAUUGUGUUUCACCCCAGCCCACCCCCCCUACCCCCCACCCUCCAACCACCUGCCCACCCUUUACACCCUACACAGCCCCCUCAAGUUUAACGGAAUUACUUUCAGGAUAUUUACAUAAAUAUUUCUGCAUAUUGAAGGUUAUAUUUCUUUUGUUUCAUUUUUUAAAGGGUUUUGGCUUAAUGGUGUUGAAAAUCCUGGAAGUACUUCCAUUUUUGGGGGUUUUCUGAAGUCCAGACACUGCCAGCAGCUGUUCCAGCCAUUCCCAAAUGUCUGAAAAGAACCUCUUUUGUACAAACAAGGUUUUGGACCACAGGACAUUUGCUUAGUGGCUGGUUCACUUUGGGCACCCCCCUCCAGUUCUCUACCCCAGUGGUGAGUUCCAAUAAGCUGUUGUCAUUGGGUAUUUGCAUGACAGUGGUUGUCAUGGAUACAAUCUUCCUAUAACUCAUUUUGGCGGAAGCUCCAAUGGCAGCUCUGCCUGGUUGGGGGUGGAGGUUUGUGGGUGGGGCCAACAUGUCUGACCUCCUUCCGCUCACUCGGUUCAAUGAAUGUUUUUAAAAAAAGAUCCAGAGUGGAUUUGUUUUGUUCCUCCUUCAUCACUCUGAAUCCACCCUGUAGCUAAACGUUCCUUGUCUCAAAGACUCAGAGAAAUUUGUGUUUCCUGUUAUGAUUGACAUUGAAUGCACUUUGACAUUUAGAUUAGUGUGGGAUGUAUAUUUUGGAUAAAAUGGCCGCAUUCCGUUCACUAGAAUGUCGUAUUUUAUGAUGAACAUUUACCCUGUGCUUCUGUUCACCGUGGUACCAGCUUGGCAGGUCUUGUGGACAUGUCUAGUUUUUACAGUGUGGUAUGAGUGGGGAGGAGUGGGCGUUUAGUGUUGAUAUCGUGUUUGAAGUUCAGUCACGUCUGUUGAUAUUGAAGUUGGCUUUCAGGUUAGAGUUAUGCCGUUCUUGCAUAUGUUCCCUUUCCCCUGGCUAAAGCCUAAGACUCUGCUCUGCCUUCACAGUCAUAGCAGCACAGUGCAAUGUUAAUUUGCUUCCCCACUCAUUUAUGAUGUUAAAUGUCAAUUGAUGAUGGAAAGGCUUUGGAACAACUCAGUUUGAGCAGCGAGGGCCUGUUUGCACUAAAGUCCAUGAGCGUGAGGUUGUGAGGUUUUAAAGUUGUAACGGAGGCAUAUUUAUUGCUUCAGGACUGAAGGAACUCCCUUCCCCCACAAUGGUUGAAACCAUCUCCAAACAGUAAAGGGGGAAGGGGGGGCUCUAUAAGGGCACAUCUUCUGAGGGGGUUGGGUACUUUUUGCCUUUGCCUAAUUUCUCUAGGCCCAGCAAGGAAAUCACUGGAAACCUUUUGUCAUUUUUUUAUAAAUACAAGAGCAAGGCACAGUUUAUAGACCACAACUACUUUUGGAGGAACCCCUUAUUAGUGCCUUUUUCACCCCCUGGCGUUGAAACAAAGGUACUGCUGUUACAUUGGGGGAGACUGUCCCUCUGUUAGCUGGAGACCGAGGGUUGCUAUAGUCUUGGGCUGCUUAGAUGCAGCUAAUAACGGCAAUAGAGUUAGGUGCCAGAAGGUGAGCCAAGUCCAAACAGGUGCCGCCUCAUUGAGCAUGCAGUGCCACAUAUCACCCUCCCCUGCCUAGGUGUAGGGAGCCGGAGACCAAGGGCAGCUAAAUCCUCUCCGGCCCCUUUCGUGCGUUCACCUGGCAGCGGCGAGCGAAGCCAGCACUCGCACUGAGCAUGCUCCGUAGGCCACGGCCCUCCUCCGCACCUCUCGCCUGGUGUGAAGGGGGAGGGAGCGAAGGCAAACUGCACUGGAGAAGCUAGCGUCUCGGGGCCACUGGCGAAAUCAUCUGCGUUUGUUUACAAGUACUGAGCCAAAAUUCUGCCGAAUGGAAGCUGUAGUUUUUUCAGGUGAUUUUCAGCAGUAGGGACUCGAGAUGUUCUAGCUCUGCAUGGAAGCUCCCCUGUCUUGCCAGUCUGUGGAGAUUUGACUGUUUCACCCCCUCCGCCAGUGUGAAAACCUGCGGUUCUACCUUAAGCAAGUGUACUGAGACAGAAGGGGCCUAAAGCUGCAUUUGGUGGAUAAAAUUACGAAAAGGAAAUAAUUUUAAUGCAUUCUAUUCCCUGCUUUAAUGUGUCAUUAAUAGUCAGAGCUCUUACCCCUGAUAUUUUAUUUGUUUACUUUUUAAAAGUCUUUAAAGUUCAACCGUCAUCUUUUUGGCCCCUGGGUUUUAACAUUAUGUAAAUGUCCACAGAUUCAUCCAAAUUAAUCUCAGUGUUUAAACUUACUGAUGAAAGAAAGCUCAAAUUUACUUUAUCCCCAUUAAAAAAAAAAUAGAACUUGUAUCCCUCUGUCUGAGUGUGCACUCUCAGGCCUGAAUACUCAUUGAAUACCUAAUGUGCACUAACAGGGCUGAGUGCUCAUACUGUAGUUUGCGCUAACAGGACUGAGUGCUCAUACUGUAGUGUGCGCUAACAGGACUGAGUGCUCAUACUGUAGUGUGCGCUAACAGGACUGAGUGCUCAUACUGUAGUGUGCACAAACAGGACUGAGUGCUCAUACUGUCAUGUGCGCUAACAGGGCUGUCAGAUGUAUGUGAUAAAAGCUUGAUGACAGGGAAGUAGUGGCACAUAAAAUGCACUAAUAUGUAAAGGUAUAGUUGUUUGAUAUUAUGACAGGAGUCUGUCCAAGAAUGUACCGUCAAACUCAGGCCUUGGAAUUUUGGACCUUCAAUAAACCCUUAAGAAAAGGUAUUAAUUAUAUGAAAAUGGAAGGAAUAUAUAUUUUUUAAAUGCCAUUAAUAAUUACUAAAUAUCAAUUUAUACCACUGUAAAAUGUGUAAUGUGUGCAUAUUGUUGUAAAAUAUACAGAUACAGGUGUACAAAAUAUGCAUAACAUGACAUGAAAAAUGGACACAUGCACAACAUGCAUUUCCUUGAACUUCCUUUUCAUAUUUUGACAUUGCUUUUUCAUAAGGGGAGCCAUGGUUAUAGGUGUGUUGGCAAGGACCAAAGCAAGUUAUUCUGCUAAAAAUAUCAGUUUCCAUUCUCUGUGCUGAUGGACUAUUGCCCUUUGAUUUACUUUUUUUUGUUGUAUUUUUUUUUGUUUAGAAAAUAGAUUAAAAGUAAAAAAAAAAGAAAACAAAGUGAGCUGCCCAGAAAGAAAAGCUGUCUGUAUUGUGUGAUCUCACGUCAGUACACCUCUCUGUGUUUGCUCUCUUCUCCUUGGGUGUGCUAUGAUGAACUGCUGUAAAUUUGUACAGUUCAUGUAAAUUGAUUGUGAGGAAGUUGUACAGAUUUCUAUAUUUUGGAAGAGAAGUUUUUUUUUCCUCUGUAAUAAAAGAUUUCCUAUCUUGGCAAAGUA